AUGCCAAGCCGUCGAUCACCCUUCAAUGGCGCCACCAUGAGGCGGUACCUGCCGAACACGGGGCCCGCCGCGCGCAGUAUUGGUGCAUCGUCAAUCCUCUCGCCGACUUCCCGGCCCUUCCUCAGCUAUCGACACUUCCAUCGCACCCCGACGCCAUGCUUACCUCGUCGUCGGAACUUCUUUACCUCCAACGUCCUCUUGCAGCAGGAUGGCAGUGAACCGCAGCGAUCCUCUGCGACUGCGAAGAAGCCCGAGGACGACAAGCCGAGCAGCACAGCGAACCAGCCGGGCCAGAAGAAGCGCAAGCCGCCGCUCAAAAACUCGCUCCACCGCGUGGCUAUCGUCGCCCAGAAAGGUGUGCCCGGGAAGCCAGGACCGCCCGCCGCCGAAACCCCAACCGGCCCGGAUGGCAGCUCAAUCAUCAGCGCUGUGUGCGUCGCCGAAUCGUUCGACAUGGACAAGGUCGAGGACAUACUCAAGAACCAUGGCUUCUCUCUCGACCCCGACGGCACUGGCUUCGAGUCGCACGAAGUAGUCCACGCGCGCGGAUUCAACAACGGCGACAUCUUCGUCUUCCCUUCCGGCACCGUCGUGACCUGGGCGCUACCUGCCGACGUCGUCAACACCCUAGCCACCAAGCACCUCCUCCCCGCCGCCGAGAUGCCCCACCUUGAAGACAAGGAGGAGGAGGAUCUCGAGUUCCUGGCGGACCCGGCGCAGGAGCAGAGCAGCGUGAGCGGGGACGUGGUCGUGCUCGGCACACGUCGCGAGGUGGAAGCCGGCGACCGGCUCGACACGACCCUGGCCAAGAUCGCCUUCUCUUCCGGUCUGGCGCGCAGCACCAAGCUGGCUGUGCUGGAGAGCUCGCUGACGCGCUAUCUCGAGAGCACGCGGCACAUCCCCGACCAUCUCUCGCAGGGUCUGCGCGCGCCACUCUCGCGGGGCAUGAUUCUGCAAAAAGCCGGCGAGCUACUCAACCUGCGCAGCCAGCUGAACCACUAUAACGACCUGACGGACGCGCUGCCCGACAUCUUCUGGGAUACCGAAGAAAAGCUCGAGACGUAUUAUGCCAAGAUCGGCAAGGCGCUCGACGUCGGCGUGCGCAUCAAGACGCUCAACGACAAGAUGACGUACGCCCAGGAGGUCGUCAACGUCGCCCAGGGCGUGCUCGACAUCAGCGAGAAGAUGUCGAGCGAGAAGCACAGCACCCGCCUCGAGUGGAUCAUCAUCAUCCUCAUCGCCAUCGAGGUUGCUUUUGAACUGAGGCGCCUGUACAUGGAGCGGUACGAUGUGUUUCAGGAUGAGCUGCUCGCCGAGCUGAAGGCGCUGCGGGCUGAUAUCCGGAAGGGCGAGAGACUAGACGCCGGCUUGAAGUGAACAUGUGGCAGGGCUGGAUGAUGCCCGGUAAAUAUGAUACCCAACUCAAAUUCUAGGUGUAAUGCUGGCGAUUGAUAGACCAGAUACAAAUUAGUCAUUGAAACGACUCCCC